CCGUUGUAUAAUCUCAAUUCAAGAACAACACGAGAACUUGCCUUUCUUUUUUUCAUUCUUUACACCAAAAAAGAAAUAAAAAUGGGGUUGGGACUAAUUGUAAUAGCCAUAAUAUUAUCAUGGAUUUUGGUAUCAAGAACGAGAGAAAGAAGAUGGGUUUUACCCCCCGGACCGAUAAGGUUACCACUAGUCGGAAACCUUCUGCUGCUAAGCAAAGUGCCGCAUGUAUCGUUUGCCAAAUUGGCUUGUCAAUAUGGUCCUAUAAUGACACUUUGGUUAGGACCUAUCCGAACCGUGGUCAUAUCUUCUAGUGAUGUGGCUAAAGAAAUGUUCAAGAACCAUGAUACAGUUCUUGCAGGGAGGCAAAUUUAUGAGUCUAUGAAAGGAGAACAUGGUAAUGAAGGAUCUUUGGUAACGGCUCAGUAUGGAUCGCAAUGGCGGUUAAUAAGGCGUCUUUGUACCAUAGAAUUGUUUACAGGCAGUCGUCUUGAUGCCGCGCGAACCCUACGUGCAAACUCCGUUGAUAGGAUGAUACACCAAAUAAGAAAUGCAGGUGAGAAUGGAACCGCAGCCGUUGAUCUUCAUAGAUGUUUUUACUUGAUGGCUUUUAAUCAUAUUGGUAACCUAAUAUUCUCAAAAGAUUUAGACGAUCCAAAUUUUGAGAAAGGGUCGAAAUACUUUUAUCAUACAUGUAAGCUCAUGGAGGUGAGUUGUAAGCCCAAUGUAGCAGAUUUUUUGCCAAUUUUGAAAUGGCUUGACCCUCAAGGUAUCAAGAGAAUGACCCGUUUUCAUAGCAAACAAAUAUUUGAAGUUGCUAAGAGUUUUAUGGAAGAAAGGAUUAAAAUUAGGGAAUGUGAAGAGCAUGGUGGUGAUGAAGAUAAAAGAAAGGACUUUUUAGAUGUGCUUUUGGAUUUUCAUGGGGAUGAUAUAAAGGCGCCUACUACCUUAUCAUCAACAUUCAUGAAUAGUAUCAUCGCUGAACUAUUUGCUGCAGGAACUGAUACGACAUCAAGUACCUUAGAAUGGGCAAUGGCUGAGCUCCUUCAUAAUCCUAUUAUACUUAAAAAGCUACAAUUCGAGCUAAGAACUAUUAUCCAUCCUGAAAAGAAGCUUGAAGAAAAAGAUAUCGAACAUCUUCCAUAUCUAAUGGCAGUCAUCAAAGAAACUUUAAGGCUUCAUCCACCUGCACCUCUUUUAAUCCCACACAUGGCCAUGGAAUCUUGCAACAUGCUUGGUUUUGAUAUUCCCAAAAAUACUCAGAUUCUUGUCAAUAUUUGGGCAAUAGGAAGAGAUCCAAAGACUUGGGAAAAUCCUUUAGUAUUUAGGCCAGAGAGAUUUUUAGAGGUGGACAUGGUGGUGGAUUAUAAGGGUAGUCAUUUUCAAUACUUACCCUUUGGUUCUGGUCGCAGAAUGUGUCCUGCUGUUCCUCUUGCUUCUCGUUUGCUCCCAUUUGCUCUCGGAUCAGUUCUGCACUCUUUUGAUUGGGAUUUGGGUGAUGGACUCAGACCAGAAGAUGUAGAGAUGAGCGAAAUGGUAGGAUUAACACUUAGAAAGUUUGUUCCCUUAAAAGCUAUUCCAGUCCCUUUCAAGAACAAUUGUGCUCCCCAACACGAGUAGCUUAGUUGGCCAAAAAGUAGAAUACAAAGUGGGAAUAAAACAUGGGGCAUUGGUUCAAAUUUCCUUUCGUGCAUGGAACUUAUAGUAAUAUUUUAGAACUAAUUGUCAUAAAUGGCCAAUGUGGGUUUAACUUGGAUGGAUAAGGCACCAUUAGGUGCAUUGAAAGGUUGUAGGUUCAAAUCCGACCUCUGUAACCAACAAUUAACAAUUAAGAGUUUAAAAAGUCGAUUACCAUCUUUGAUAAAAAAAAUUAUUAUGGCUGAAGUAAGAGGCUUUUGUAGUAAAUUUCUCUACUAAUCUCUUCAAAUUAUGAAUAAUUGAUUCUAA